ACCUCGAACAAGUCCGAUUGUACUUGAAAGGUAACACACAAUCAAUCAUAUAGCUACAAAUUGUAUUCCGGGUCGAAUAAGUUUUAUUGGUUAAAUAAGUUAUUGAACGAGUGACAUUAUUUUUGUAUGUAAACAUUCGUACAGUGAUGUUGUAAACGUUUGAAAAACACAUCUUUCGGGACACGGUGAGUGGUCCCGAUACAAGUAAUUUUUAUCUAUCUGAAUCCCCUACAAGGAAGGAGCUUAUACUGUUGCUCAACGACAUACCAUAAUCAGCAAGCAUACCAAAGAAAGCAUAAUGAGCAUGAACAGAACUAUUCUAUAUACUCGAUUAAACUCUAGUCAAACACCUCGAAAAUCAUUAAUUCUGAGGAUAGUUCUGCCUCUAGUAGCCGUAUCCUUCGUUUUGUUUUGUGCCGUGGGGUAUCUCAGUUCACAGCCUACUUACCAUGUGUACGGCCGUCACAGCAAUCAACACUCGCCCAUCACUCAGCAGUACGUCAACCAAUCACAGUUAAUGGAACAGUUAAGAUCUCUUUACGAUUGUAAAUCCGUAGACGACAGCUAUCGCAUCGAGCAGCGUGGUAACUUCUGGGUGUUGAAAAAUUUCAUCACCCCUGACAGGGAGCAGCCUCUUCGCUGCUAUGAAACCAUAACCUACACAACCCACGCAGAUUAUCGGUUCUUGGAGAAUAUUGUUCCGCUGUUGGAGCGGUGGCAAGCUCCGAUCAGUAUUGCAGUGUAUGCACCGGGGGAAGAGUUUGACCUAGCAAUCGAGGCGCUGCGGUUCCAUAUGUUUUGCCAUCGGCAGUCGUACCUGAUGGAGGAGUACGCCUCGGUACAUCUUUACUUUGAUUUUGAUCGUAUGCCAUCGAAACCGAUCGAUUACUACCGCAACCUCACCUUCAAACCCUACAACUGUCCAGUCAAUAGCGAAGGAUCUCCGGAACCGGACAGAACCUCCAAUCGCGAGUAUCCGGUGAAUGUGGGACGAAAUAUCGCCCGGGAUGCUGCGCAGACCCAUUUCGUGCUAGCCAGUGACAUUGAGCUCUAUCCGAAUCCGGGUUUCAUCGAAAUGUUCCAGCGCAUGAUCGCGAAUCCAGUCUACCGGUACACGUUGCAAACUCCCAGCGUCUAUGUGCUGCCAAUUUUCGAAGUGGCGGAAACCUCUACCGUCCCCGAGGAUAAGAUCGAGCUGUUGAGGAUGAUGAAACAUGGUGAUGCGAUAAAAUUCCACGAGAAGAUUUGUGAGCAAUGCCACACCGUACCGAAUUACGAGGAGUGGAAGCGAGUAAUCAAAACGGAUGAAACCAUGGACAUUUUGGUCACUGCUAAAAGGAAGGGUCAGUUCGAGGUGUGGGAACCGAUCUACGUUGGUACGAAGCAGGAUCCCCUGUACGACGAGCGGCUUAGCUGGGAGGGGAAGUUCGACAAAAUGACUCAGGGAUACAUUAUGUGUGUUUUAGGUUACAACUUUCAUGUGUUGGAUAAUGGCUUUCUGGUGCACAAACCAGGAAUGAAAACUGUCAGCGAAGCUUCGAGACCGGAUUUAGAGAAUAGGCAGAGAAAGUUCAUCGAUACUACAAUUUUCGCUGAGUUAAAAAUCUUGUUUGGCGAAGCUCAUUCCUGUUCGAUUACGUGA